UCCUCUCUCCCAGGUGCAUCUCCAAGUCUGAGCCAUGUCCUGCUACAACCGUCCCUGUGGCCCAACCCCUCUGGCCAACAGCUGCAACGAGCCCUGUGUCCGACAGUGCCAGGACUCCAGGGUGGUGAUCCAGCCUUCUCCUGUGGUGGUGACCCUGCCCGGCCCCAUCCUCAGCUCCUUCCCCCAGAACACCGUGGUGGGAUCCUCCACCUCCGCUGCCGUUGGCAGCAUCCUCAGCUGUGACGGAGUGCCCAUCAACUCCGGGGGCUUUGACCUCUCCUGCAUUUCCAGGCGCUAUGGUGGCAGGAGGGGCCUCCCCUGCUAA